AUGCCCCCCAACCUCCACCCCCUUCCGGGCUCCUUGCAGAAGUAUGUGCAGCCCCAGCAGACCGCUGUGGAGGGAAGGCUGAGUGAGCCUCUUUCCUUGGAGCGCACAAUACGCACGGCCGUUUUGGCACUGCUGUUUUGCGCGCAGGCUGGUUUUGGCUUCUCAGUCGCCGGGCAGCAGGAAAGCACCUGUGAGGCCAACGGCAGCAUAUACUUCUUGGGGGAAUGGUAUUUCCUGGACUCUGAUCACUGCACCCAGUGUGAAUGCACCACUGAGGGCUCCGCGUGUUCCCGCACUGAGUGCACCUCUCUGCCGGCUGCAUGUAUCCAUGUGAGCCACUACCCCACCGACUGCUGCCCCAGGUGCGAGAAGAUCGGCUGUGAGUACCGUGGAGUGGUGUACGAGCUGGGGCAGAACUUCCAGCCAUCAGAGUGUGAGCAGUGCACUUGUGACAGUGAUGGCAUCGCCCGCUGUCUAGUGGCAGAUUGUGCUCCUCCACCAUGUGUCAACCCUGUCUACCAGCCCGGCAAAUGCUGCCCCGAAUGCCAGGAGGGUCCUAACUGCUAUGUCGAUGCAACACGCAGCCAGGUGAUUCCUGCAGGAGAGCCCAUCUGGGUUGACUCCUGCACCAAGUGUCGUUGUCACGAUGGUCAGGAUGCCGGCUACUGGGAGGGAAACCGUCUCGCCAGCUGUUCCCGCCUCAAAAACUGUACACCUGAACAACCGUCCACCAAGAAAAACUGAUUCACUCUGUCAGCGGAGAACCAGCUGUCACCUUAAAAUUUACGAUCCCUGGUGGUCAAUCGUCUACACGCUGUUUUCUCCUGUGUAGCUGAAAAUGGAUAAUCUGCAGCUUAAAAAAAUACUUUUUUUGGGGAACAGAGCUAAACAAGAACCUAAGAAAUUAUUUCAAAAAUGCCACAAGCCACCACAAUAGAUCUGCUGCCAUUCCAUAAGGACUUUUUAUCCAAGAUUUCUACAUUACUGAUGAGACUGAAUUUGUCACUUUGGUGGACAAAGCUGGCCCUUUACUGGGCCUCAGCUGCAAAUUAAAAACAAGGUCCGAUUUACAGACCAAUCAAAGCCCCACGUUUACUACAUGUCAGUGGCAAUUUGAUUAACCACAAAGUACAAUAUUCACAAAGGCAUUGUUACCUAAUGUCGCAUAGGCAGCCUCUGAGUCAGUAUCUAAAGAUAAAACCUUUAUUACUGUAGUUUCUAUUGUGCCUCCAUGGUGCAUAUUCCCAAAUAACACUAUGUUUAAGCAAAUGACUACAAACUAACUGAGGCACCGACCUUGUGGCCAAGUACACAAUGCAUAGAGGGUGGUUGGUGGAGGAUCAGAAGGCCCCGUAAUAUGUUAAUCUGGCCGUGCUGUGUAAAGACAAACUAACUGUAGUCCUUGUAAACCAAAGGAAACAGUGGAGUUAAGAAGGAAAACAAGAUUAGAAAUCUCUGUUUGAUAAUAUGGACUGCAGUGAUAUAAAAAUGACUUGUUUGAUUUCACAGGGCCUCAAACAGCUUCAACCCCUGAGCAUUAAGACUGUACUUCUACAGAAAAACAAACAUAAUUUAACAAAUCUGAUGGUAAACUUGACCCUUGAAAGGUGGCUGUACUCCAGAUGUUUACCCUUUUAUAUCUUAUCUGCCUGCCCACAUGUUCCUCCAAAUAGAACAAGAGAAAAGUGAACUUUUAUAGAAGCUAUAGAAGUUACCCGGGAGCCAUAUUUUUAAUUUCCAGACACCUGCUUUGGGAAACAACUGGCAACAUAACAAAGCCAGCGAGAUUAUUGGAUGAUAAGAAACUGUAAUUGACCUGUCACGGGUUGAUGCACCAGCCAAAUGUAUGCACAGCUGUGAUGAAAUUUAGACUAGGAAAUGGCUUAGCAUAGCAAUUAGCAAUUUGUAACUGUCCUAUAAAUUCUGCAGUUCACUUUCCAGGCUAAUUGAAAUGUAAUGUAUGAGACUAUGGCCAACAUAUGACUGUACCGUAGUUUUAGACACAAGCGGUAUUUGGAAGCAGGGUUGUUAUUUGUGCAUGUACACUGUAGAGCAGGAAAAACAAUCUGUAAUUAACUGCCUCAUUCAUUUUCACUAGGAAGAAUAUGUAGUAUUAUAGAAACAGCCUUCCUUAUUGUUUCCACUGUUAGCAAAGUGCACAGAUGUAACUUACCUUUGUCAGAAAGAUAGUAGUAUUGUCAUUUUAUGUAGGUUUAUAUGCAUCAGAUCUUCUUACUGUUACUUGUCAUUAUCUACCACUUUAAUCAUGAGGGACCUUUGAAUGAGAACCAAAAGAAAAAACAAUCUUGUCUUAUAUGUUUAAGUGCAGUCUGGGAGCCUAUAAUGGCAUUUACUUUAUACAUAAGACUCCCAGGCUGCUGCUGUGUUAAGUAUAUUAUUACAGCUGACACGUUUCACUGCCUUAAUUCUCCCUGAAAAGCUUCUUUAUGCAAGGUUUGGGAUUAAGUUGAAACUUUUAGGGUUAUGAUCGUAUUUUAUCAGGAGACUUUAUGAGUGAAUACACUCUGUAUUUACAUUUUCUGGAGGGUAUUGGUAUUCCAAUCAAACAGUCAAACAGUGUAAGAAUGAGACUGAAUACGAUAAGGGAGCUGUUCUUCUCAUCUUAAUUACCGAAUAAUCAGAAAGAGACAUGGUUAAAGGCAUGGUUUGACAUUUUGUGAAAUGUGCUUAUUUGUUUUCUUGCUGAUUUGGAUGAGAAGUGUGAUACCGCUCAUUUCUGUACAGUAAAUUUAAAGCAACAACCAGCAGCAGCUAAGCUUAGCUUAGCUUAGCAUAAAGACUGGAAAUGAGGAAAGCAUUUUUUUUUUCAUUCUGCUAAGUCCCGCCUUUCUGUGCUGCGAUUGGCUAGUGCUAAAUCUAACCUUGACCUCUUUGCCCUAAUCCUAGUCUGAGGCUGAAUCCAAAUGUCUGGACUUGCAGGCUCAUGGACAUUUUGGUCGCGUUUCUGGGAAGUCCGGGAGUGCCGUCCAAACCCAUGAUAUAACCAGUCCACAAGGGGCCUCAAGCAAACUUUCUGCAGACUUUCAGAGCGUCCACUUGUGGUGCAGAUUUCAGCAGACUUCAUUUAUUUAAUCGCCCACAAUUCAUUGCCAUAUGGACGUGACAUUGUGGCCUUUUCAAUUGCUGAAAAAUCACCUGUGAAUGUGUAGAAUACUUAUUGAUAGUUAGGCCUAUUAAAUGCUACUUAAAUCGCAUAGGCCAGAAUUAAUAUUCAACCACAUCAUGACACAGAAAUAUGUGUAAGUAUAGGCUGUAAAGGGAAUGAAAAUGCAUUUUAUCCAGCUGUGUAGUGAAAUAGGUUAAAAAAAUUGGUCAAAAACAGCAAAAGGUCUUCUACUGUACAUAAAUAAUACCCAAUUUAUUGAAUUAUAAUCCUGUCCUUAUUUACAAACAUUUUUGUUUUUCAGCACCUGUAGCUUAUUAUGUAGAGAUGUAUUAAUAUGAGUUAAACAGUCUCAGGGGCUGUCUAUCAGCUCCUUUCAGUCACUGCCCUCGCAGACUUUUCUUGAUGACAGUGAACACGUCACACAAUGUACUACUGAAGUCUGCGAGGGCUCAGUCCAUAAGUCCAGAGGGCGGACAUUUCGGUUCAGCCUGACUCAUCGGAUGUAGACUUUAGGUAUGCACCUGCUAUUGGUUGGCUAUUUCAGCCGGCAUUCUCCUCCCCUUCCACUAUCUGCAUGCUACCGUUUUGCAAGGGAACUGUUGCAGCAUCCUUGGCUUAGCACUGCCCAGGACGAUUGUGAUUUGUUUAGAGAAAUACAAACAAUCCAGAGCAUUUUUUUUACCAAUACCAGAAUGAUAAUGGGUUCUUCCAAAUCUUUCUCUAGCACUGACACAGCGUUGUGGAGAUUGGUCUGGCUAAGCAUGACUACCCCAACUCCUCAAUGUGUCUAUGUAACAAGCAUUAGUCAAUUACAGUACAGUCGGGCCAGACUAGGCAAAACACUCCUAGGAAAAAUAAAUUGAAUUGUGCAGGGGGAAACAUGUAGCCUGGCUGGGUUCAGAGGUAACAACUUGCCUCCACCCCAUCUCCUCCUUUUCAUGCUGUGUCUGACCUAUCAAUGACAUUUCUGUUUGUCAUUGAUGCUGCUCUGUUCUGUUCCCGAGGGGUCUUUGCGGCUGCUCUUCCUGCCUUGGGCUUUCCAUGUAGGCACAUGGAAGGGCAGGGAGGUUUGCUCUCUCUGCCUCAGGCUUUCCUCGUUUGCACAUGGAAGGGCAGAGAGCACACCUCUCUGCCCUUACACAUGGAAGAGGCUUUCUGCGUAGGCCCGAGGAAAGGCAGAGAGGCCCCUGAACAGAGCCAUACCGCCAAAUAUAAUACUGCAAAUGGAAAUAAAGUGUUCCUGACUGAAUAAGCGAGGAAUUCACUGUACAGACAUCAAAGUGGUGUCUAUCUUCUCAUCUGACUUUCAGCAAAAAAAAACAAAACAAUCUUUUCCUUUCAGUGAGAAUCAAUCUAC